AUGAUUUAUCAAAGAACAUUUACAUAAAAACCCUAGAUCUCGGAAUUCAGGAAGGAAGUAUAAGAAAGAAUUCAUUUGGAGUAGAUGGAGCAAAAUGUAUAGCUGCAUUAAUUUUAUAAAAUAAAAAUAUAGAAACAAUCCGAUUAUAAGAUAACGAUAUAGGAGUUACAGGAGGAGAUAUAAUAGGAACAGCUUUAAAACAAAACAAAACAUUAAAAAAUCUUACAAUAGCCGAAAACGAACUUAAAACAGCAGGUGCAGAAUUUAUUUUAAAAGCGGCAACAAAUUUAGAAUCUUUAGAUUUAGGAAAAAAUUAUAUUAAAAUGGGGAUAGGAAUUACUCUAAAAACAUAUAUUGAAUAAAAUAAAAAUUUAAAAAAAUUAAAUUUAGAAUACAAUGAAUUAUUAGUUGGAGGUGUGCGAGAAUUUAGAAACGGACUUUUUAUAUCUAAAAGUUUAUAAUCUUUAAAUUUAAAAGGCAAUGGAAUUAGAGAUGAAGGUUUAUAACUUAUAAGUGAAGUAUUGUAUGAAAACAAUAUUUUGGAAGAAUUAGAUGUAUCAUUAAAUGAAAUUACACCAGUAGGAAUUUAAUAUUUAGCAGAUGCUUUACAAUAUUCAGGAAUUAAAAUUCUAAAUAUAAGUAAAAAUCUACUUGGAGAUGAAAGUCUUAUUAUAAUUGCUGAUAAAGCAAGAUAAAGCGAAAAUGUAAUAAAAUUAGAAAAAAUUGAAUUUUCGAGCUCGAGAAUUGGAGAUGCAGGUAUAUUACAUUUUUUAGAAAGAAUAGAAAACUUUGAAUUUAUAAGGUCUAUUAAGACAAUUGAUAAUUUUAUAUCUGAAAAAAUUGAGAAAAUUUUAUUAGAAAUAUUAGAGAAAAAUAAAAGUUUGA